AUGUCUCAAUCCACAUGGGAGAAGACAAAGCGCUACUCGAAAAAGGGCUUCGACAAAGCAUGGGACACCGUCGACAAACUGGGCGCUCCCGUCAACCGCCUCUCCAACAAGUUGGGCGCCGAAGCCUUCUGGCCCAUGGCCAUCGAUAAAGAAAGCGACAAGGCUGCGCGCAUUUUACGCAGUUUCGUCAAGGAUGGCUUCUAUGCCGCAGAUAACGAGACUGGUACCGAUGAGAAGGGCAAGAUUAAUCGCCCCAAGGGCAAGCAGAGGGUCAUCAAGAAGAUCCCUUCGAAAGUUAUUCAAAAUGCCAAGGGUCUCGCCAUUUUCACCACCAUGCGAACCGGUCUCUGGGUCAGCGGCUCCGGAGGCAGUGGGGUUCUCCUCGCACGCAUCGCCGAGACUGGAGAAUGGAGUCCGCCAUCCGGUAUUAUGCUGCACACGGCUGGUAUCGGAUUCCUCGCAGGAGUGGAUAUCUAUGACUGUGUCGUGGUGAUCAAUACAUACGAAGCGCUCGAUGCGUUCAAGAAAGUGCGCUGCACUCUCGGUGGAGAGGUCAGCGCUGCCGCCGGCCCUGUUGGUAUGGGAGGCGUGCUCGAUUCUGAAGUUCACAAGCGACAGUCACCUAUUUGGACUUAUAUGAAGAGCAAGGGUCUCUACGCCGGUGUUGCCGUGGACGGAACCAUCAUUAUCGAACGAACCGACGAGAACGAGAAGUUCUACGGCGAACGAAUCUCGGUCACCGACAUCUUGGCCGGCAAAGUGCGGCACAUUCCCGACGGGGUCAAGACUCUUCACCAGACCAUCAAAGCAGCACAGGGCGAUACCGAUGUCGACGAAAACCUAGUCGCGUCCUCCGGCGAGACGCCCGGCGAUAUGGAAAUCGCAGCUGAAGACGAGCCGCAUUUUGGCGUCCCCGAGCCGGACGACCCGGAUCCGUACGGAGUGAAGGCGCUGGAGGCUGAGGGCUUGUUCAUCCGGGAAGCCGGCACGAAGGUGAGGCCAAGUCCUGAUCUCUUUGAGUUCCGGCCCAACCCGACCAGCCCGGUGUUCGCCACUUUCUCGCGGCGUAGCGUCGAGAGCUCGCCGCGGAAUAGCUGGCGGACCAGUGUGCAAAGCCACGUUUAUUCUGAUCGUGGUACCCAAACCGAAACCGAUAACGCGCCGCUAACUGCCACGUCAGUGAGCCGAGCAUCUUCGCGGAGCGCGAGGGAUUCGAUGGGUGGUCAUGUGGCGAACCGGUGGGAGGACGAAGCGCAUUGGGAUAAUGUGCCGAUUCAUGGUGGUGAGGUGGAGAAGAAGGACGAGAGAGAGCUUAAUGGACCCACCGAAGAAGAGAAUCAUGCCGUUGAUGACGAUGACGACUUUGAGGUUCACGAGGUGGCCAACGCGACUGUCACUCAGAAGGCCUUACCAGAGGAAGAAGCCAGCCCUGUUGAGACGAAGCGCAUGUCUCCUACGUUUACUCGUGCUCGCCUGGUUUCUAUCCCUAAGCGUACUCCUCCACCUCUGCCCCCGCGUCACCCUCGACACACCUGGGGCUCUGGUUCCAGCCGUGAGUCUACCUCGCCGACUGCUCUUUCGCAAUCAAGCCGCAGCACCGAGCAGACUGAUGCUGCUCUCGAGGCUGCCGAAUCCUCAGAGCAGACUAUCGAGUCUGGCCCUCUGCCUUUGAGCGUGAAGACUCUACAAACCAACGUCGUUCUUCCGGCCGUGGUGGACGAGGACGAUUUCGAGUCGGACUCUGAGCUGCCCGCGGAUAAAGACGAGUUCAUGUCAGCCAACGGUGACAACGAGGACAACAUUGAGGAGAACAUUCUGACCAAGGAGCCUACCUUGACGGAGACUGCUCCCGAUAACAAGGAAGAGGAGGCCGAGCUUAAGGAGGUGGAAACCGAGCAGACAGAUUCUUUCUUGCUACUUGAGACCAACUCAAAGAUCGAGCCAGAGACAGAGGAAGAGGUGCCCAAGAUCGAAGAAACCUUGACCUCGCUCGGUCUCUCCGACAGGUCCGAAGAGGUUCUGGCCCCCCUCGGUCUCGAAGAGAAGGCUCCUGAGGAGAAGACCGAAGCAAACAAGAUCAGAGUGAAAAAUGAUGAGGCCGAAGAGGCUGCCGAGAACAAGCACCUCGAUGUCGAUCACAACGACGCCAAGCCUGAAAAUAUCAGCCCUCUCCUGAUCUAA